UUGCUUGCGGGUGACUUGAGAACUGUCGCAAUGCCUGAGCCGGCUAAGUCUGCUCCUGCGCCUAAGAAGGGCUCUAAGAAAGCUGUAACCAAAACCCAGAAGAAGGGGGACAAGAAGCGAAAGAAGAGCCGCAAAGAGAGUUAUUCUAUCUACGUGUACAAGGUACUAAAGCAGGUGCAUCCCGACACGGGCAUCUCGUCUAAGGCCAUGGGCAUCAUGAACUCCUUCGUCAAUGACAUCUUCGAGCGUAUCGCCGGUGAAGCCUCGCGCCUAGCGCACUACAACAAGCGCUCCACCAUCACUUCUCGGGAGAUCCAGACGGCUGUCCGGCUGCUGCUGCCGGGUGAGCUGGCCAAGCAUGCAGUCUCUGAGGGCACCAAAGCUGUAACUAAAUAUACUAGCUCUAAAUAGAAUAUCACAAACCAGCAGUUUUAACCCAAAGGCUCUUUUAAGAGCCACCAA